UUAUUCUUAUGUUUUUCUUUCUCAGUAAAUGGGCUUUACAAUGUCACUCUAGUAGUGUUUUCAGGCAGGCCAGAUCCGGAAUGGACUGUGGCAUCAUCCAGUAUUUCAAUCGAAAACGUCCGCUCCUAUGACCCUAGCAAGAUGCCUCCCAGGCUUGGCUAUAAAGGGAUUCUAGUGAAUAGCGGUACUGAGCAAGUUCGACUGCUCGUUGGACCAGAAACGAUGAAGAUCCAACUGGAACUGAUGCGAACCAUGCCUAAAGAUUUGCUUGCUCCUGACUUCGUCAAAGAAAUUAUAUCAGAAAUCAAUUCAGGGGAAGUAAAACCUGUUACAAGCUCAGUUUCUGGAGCGAAGCGUGCCGCUCCCCCUUACGCACCUGGUGAUUGGCUAACUACAAGACUACAACUCUGCAACAAUUGUUACAACUAUGCGAAUAACAGACCAACAUACAACUAUGCACAGCCAGGUUUUAAUAAAGCAGGCCCCCCUCCAGGACUUACUUUUGCCCAGAGGAUUGCCUAUAGAGCCCGUCGCGAUAACCUCACUGACGUACCUGCGGCAAAUUUGGACCCCAAUGGGGUUCCUGUGCAGCCUAACGACAACAAACACGUGGUUGCGCUCGUUGUAAGACCAGGUUAGUAAUGCCAUGCUGGACAGUAGCACUCUAUUUAUCGGGAGCCCCAAGCAAAGAGGACGGAAACGGUAGUGAAAACACUGAUCACAAAUUAAUAUGAAUUCGUGUAAUCAAAAAUAAAACACAAACAGCGGUCAUAAACAUUGUGUCAGCUUUCAUUGUGAGCUUCUUUUAACCUGACGUUUUGUAUGCUAGUCAACAUAAAUUCUUAAAAGUGACCUAAAGAUGUAUGUUGACUAGCAUAUGAAAAGUCCAGGUUAUAUAAUCGGAUAUAUGAAAAUGCGAAAGCUCACAAUGUUUAUCACCGCAGUUUAUGUUUUAUUCUUGGUUAAACUACGAUGGCCCUGGAACAAAAGUCUUUGGAUUCGUGUAGAUACGUUAUCGGUUCCAGUAUUCAGAAACAUUAAGCUAAAUUUGUCAACCAAGGGCACUGACUUUCCUAAAAUCGAAUUCCUAAGGACCACAUCUACGAUCAGAAAUGAAAAGAAAAAUAAUAUUCUUCGUUUUGGUCUUCCUUAAAGUUUGUGUAGAUGACAGGAUUUUCUACGGGUUGAAAAUUAAAAUUCGUGCAUUUAGGUCUUCCGCUGACACCAUAAUACGAUCUAAAUUACAAUUUUUAAAAAAGAAUUUGCAAUAAAAAUGACAGAGCUUGUGUUUGUGUUGAAAGUUUUACUGUCUGUUCGCUUUUUGAGCCUUUUGGAAGCCUCCUCUUAAGAUGAUACAAUUGUCAGCCUCAUUGUAACAACAACAUUGGAUUUGAGUGGGGACCCCACGAAUUUAACUCCAGGAAAAUUUGCCUACAAAUAGACAAAUUGAGACUAAUGAGCGUUGCAUUAUUUCAGUUACGCUGCUUUUCUUUUAAUUAUUAUUGGCUGUUUGUAUGAUUGAAUUGAUUAUCCAGUGCCUAAAUGAUAUUUUCGUUAAAGCGGCCAACAAGUCUCAUAUCUUUGCUCUGGGACAGCAUGUAUGCACCACUUUAGGGGUCAACCAUUUGACUUUUGAAGGGGGUGUGGUAUGGGUGAUUUGGUUUGGGAAGGAAUAUUUUCCCAAACCUCUAGCGAUAGAAUUCCUUUCCUGACAUACAACGGUGUAAGAUUUUUUUUCAGCUUUAUCCCCCAUGAAAGAUAAUUUUUUAUACAGUGUAGGGAUUUUUUUUGCCAAGUUUUUCCUUACAAGAUUUUUUUUCCCUCGAAAUCAGUCUGAAGGAUAAUUUUUUUCCUGAAAUCACUCAUACCCCGCUCCCCCUCAAAAGUCAAAAUAGUCGGCCCCUUAUUUUUCUAUUUUCUCUUCUAGAUGGACAGGAUUUUCAUUGGUAUCGAAUGGAUAACCGCUUGAAUGCUCACGGUGUCGCUUUGUGGUCUCACAAACCAGGUGAAACGCCUGUGAUAGAUUAUGAUAGCGCAGUCCCUCCCCAGCCAAUAACAGACCCCAGCACGGCUAACCAUGGCCCUUACGUUUUUGUUGGCUAUAUGUACAGUAAUCCUCAUGUGAACAUCGCUGGUCCUCUAGUUUGUAAUUAUUUAUAG